CUUACUGAUUUUUACCAAGUACAAAAUCACAGUACUGUAAUGUUCCAUUUGUUUUAAAAAUUAGCAAGUGCUUGACAAGAAAAAUAUGAAGCUUCUUUGAUGGUAAAUUACAGGACUGUAGCUGUAUUCUGUAGCUGUAGAAGUAUUCCUAAUUACGCCACGGGUACCGUAUCUGUCUCACACUAUGCAUUAAUAAGUCGAUAAUCAAGUUUUCAAAAAUCCUAUGAUUUGCCAUUAUUGAGAACUAUGAAAACAUCUCCACGAUAAUUUAUUUCUUGCCAUUUCCGGUGCAUAAUUUGAGUGCUGUUCUGGUUAAGGGAAGAGCUUCCCCUGGCACGACAUUAGCGCAUUUAACGUAGUUCGGGAAAAUGCUGGAGUAGCAAGCUUUUUAACGCUCUUCAUUGAUAACAAUAUCAAAAGGUCACCGCCGACUAUCUCACGAUGACGACCCCCGCCUACGAGCACAAACCCUCCCUCCCGGAGGUCUUCCCCCUGCGUCGCGGGACCGUCCUAGCCAACGCGGACUUCCAGACCCUGGAGGUGUGGGAGGAGGACGCCGGGAAGGAGGCGGACCAGCAACCCCACCCCGACGACUACACCACGGCCGACGACUACGACGUGGACGACAGCCUGCGCUACACCACCCUCACGGCGGCCCGCCAGACCGUCGGCGACCUGUGGGACCGGCUGCGGUGUCGGCGCUUCUACCGCAUCGAAGGCGACAAAUUCUACCUCAUCCGGACACUCUCCGUCCGCCGCGGCACCAUCAUCGACAUGUGCCAGCACGCCGGCCAUCCCUACAUCGUCAAGCGCAUCCCGAUUAACACCGGCGCCGACCUGGUUAAGGCCGCCGACCAGUUCAACAACCUCCGCAACUACGAUCAUCCCCACGUGUGUUUCGCGUACAAGGCCGGGAUCGGGAACGCUCCCACCUGGCGGAAUUGGAGUCGGACGGAGGUGCGCUUCCUUCUCCCGUUUAUCAACGGGCACCUGCUGUCCGUGGAGCUGGCCGACCGCCGCCGGGAGCAGCGCUACAUUCAUCCGCGGCGGAUUGUGCGGUUGCUGCGGGAGAUGCUGGACGGGUUGUUCGAGAUCCAUUCGCACUCGUACGGGGACGCCCACCGGGAUAUCCGGCCGGAGACGAUUAUGAUCCGGACACCGGACGACUGGCCGGUGCUGCUGGAUCUGGAUGCGUGUACGCCGGCGGUGAUUAUCACCACGGAUGAGGAGGAGGUGGCCAAUAUGGUGGAUAUUUCGGAGAAUGUCACGUCGCCCUUCUACCGGGCGCCGGAGACGUACGAUAUUAAGCCGGAGUCGGUGAUUGACGAGCGGACGGAUAUCUGGGCGAUGGGGUGUACGCUCUUUGCCAUGUGCUUCUUCCGGUCGCCCUUCCAACCGCCCGAUGUGGACGACACCUUCUCCCCGCUGAACAUCCCGGAACCGGUACGCCAGGCCGCCAAAGACCUGACCCUCAGUCUGACCGCGGCCGAUUUCCUGGACAACGUCAUCCCGGCGGAUUCGCCGUAUCCGCGGCAACUCCAUGAAUUCAUGGCGCGCAUGUUGAGCGUGGACCUCAACAGUCGGCCCACGACGGAGCAGAUCAUCCGCGAACUGGACGAGAUGAUCGCGGCGCUGGGCGGUCCGGACCAGCCCAUCUGCGUCAAGUAUCCGUGGAUUAAUCCGGCCGCCGACGAGAUGGCGGCCGAUGUCAUCAAGCGGCGGACCUUUGCGCCGCGGAAGCUGCAGUUUGAUGAGAUGUACCCGGAAUUGGCGGGUUAUGUGUACAUGGAGGACCGCGCCAGGUCCUUUCAAGCCGAUUCUCCAAAGGAUCAGACCGCUGGGAUCCUAGAAUCCCUGCGACUAACCGGCGGGAACUUCCUCUUCAGUAAAUCCCACCCGAACCCGUACGCCGUCAAGAAGGAAUCCACACGCCGCAAGUCCCUGUUGGAGUCCGUUGUCGGCGCGGUGACCGGCCGCACUGAGGGAGCGAGCGAACGCCGGGCGUCGGUCGCCUCGGGACAAAAACCCGAUAGGCGCGUCACUCUGGAACCGGCGCAGGCGAUCGCGGCGGAAAAAACCCCGGAAGCGCGCUUGCACGUCCACGGGGAAACCGAGAUGUCCACCAUCGUGGAAGAUGCACAGGAGCACGCACUUACGAUGGAGACGUAAAAAUAUGGGACAACUGUAUACUGUAUAUUAUGUAAUAUUAUACCGUAAACGUGGCCUUUUCUAAGGCUUUCAUUUUCUGCUGGUUUUCGUAAAAUCAUUAAAUUUACUGUUGAAAACAAUUGGCGGCCGCUAUUAUGACGUCAUCAUCGGCCGCUGCGGUAAAUACUUAACGCGAUUCGUAGUUCAAGUGUUUAAGCGGGAUGAUGAUCGAUAUACAGGUUACAGGGAUGACAA